AAAUCCCUCAGCUUUUUUCUCCAAUGGCUUCUCAUCUUGUUCACCUCUUCUUCUUCGUCAGCUUCUAGAAUUAUUUUACCAUCAGAUUCUCAGAAAGUCUCUGUGGGCUUAUACUACGAAUCCCUAUGCCCCUACAGCGCCAAUUUCAUAAUCAAUUAUCUGGACAAGCUCUUCGAAACUGAUCUCAUCUCUAUCGUUGAUCUCAAACUCGUUCCUUGGGGUAACGCCAAACUCAGAGGCAACAACACCUUCGAUUGCCAGCAUGGCCCAUAUGAAUGCUUACUAAACACUGUGGAAGCCUGUGCAAUUGAUGUCUGGCCUGAUUUGAGUGAGCAUUUUCCUUUUAUUAAUUGCGUUGAGACUUUGGUCUACGAACACAAGUACCCCCAAUGGGAAUCAUGUUUUGAGAAGCUGGGCUUGGAUCCAAACCCUAUUUCAGAUUGCUAUAGUAGUGGACAUGGUAAAGAGCUUGAAUUGCAAUAUGCAGCUGAAACAAACACCCUUCAGCCUCCUCAUGAGUAUGUGCCUUGGGUUGUUGUGGAUGGAGAACCACUCUAUGAGGAUUAUGAAAACUUUCUAAGCUAUAUCUGCAAGGCUUAUAAAGGUACUGCUGUGUCCACGGCCUGUAGCAAAGUAUCUGUGAAUACUGUAUCAGGGAAAGCGAAGGUUAUCCAUCCAGAUUGCUAUGAAACAAGAGUGCUGGCAUUAGCAGCAAGAAUAAAAUCAGCCAUUACACGGUGGAUGGGCCAGAAGAACAUGGUAGCUUCAAUGUAAAUGUCUGCAGUUUUAUGUGUUUGUAGAUUGGUUCAUCACUGUUCCUUAUAUUUUCUGGAGAUCUACCUAUCUUGUUUGUAUUUGCAGUGCCCAGUUAAGGCAGCUAGGAAAUAGUAAGUUGGUACCAGCCAGAGAAAACUCUUCUUGUUUGUGGCGUAUCAUUAAUUAUUAAUUAUGACAAAUAGUUUUAUGUUUAGUGAUAAAUCAGUCUAGAUGCAUAUGCUGCAUUUACAUGGCACCCAUCUAUACUUUAUUUGCUAUUCUUCUCUUUUGUACUCUAAAGGGAGAGCAAACCAAAAUCUAUAAAUAAUGUCUACUAAGUUAUUCUGUGAAACA